AGCAGAAUUCCCCAACCCACCAAGGAUUUGAGACCCAUGAGCUAUCACCUGGUUUAGCCGGCCGGUUGAAGCCGUUGCUUGGAUCCUGGCCUCUGUUGCAUGCUGGCAGCUUCUGGAAGCCACAGGACUUCUUCUCAGCCCACCCUGAGGAAAGUGAUGGAGAAGACAAGUCAGAAUUUCGGGGGACCGGGCACCUUUCGUUUCAUUAGGAAUAGACAUCAAAAUGUGUGAAAUGUGUAAUAUGCUUCACUGAAUGAGCACAAAUAGCUCACAUCAACUAUCUCAAAGAGAGAAGAAACCAUUUAAAGGUAUGGAGAGUGGAAAGAGUUUCACUGAUAGUGGAACACUUAGAACACAUCAGCGAACUCACAUGGGCAAGAAAGGAUUCCAAUGCAAGGAGUCUGGAAAGAGCUUCAAUCAGAGUGGACAGCUCAAUAUUAAUCUACAGACUCACACAGGGGAGAAACCAUUUAAAUGUUUGGAGUGCGGAAAGAGCUUUAGUCGGAAUGGAGACCUUAAAAUACACCUGCGGACUCACACAGGGGAGAAACCAUUUAAAUGUAUUGAGUGCGGAAAGUGUUUUAGUCGGAAUGCUGACCUUAAAUUACACCUGUGGACUCACACAGGGGAGAAACCAUUUAAAUGUAUUGAGUGCGGAAAGAGUUUUAUUCGGAAUGCAAGCCUUAAAUUACACCUGCGGACUCACACAGGUGAAAAACCAUAUAAAUGUAUGGAGUGCGGAAAGUGUUUUAGUCAGAAUGGAGACCUUAAAUUACACCUGCGGACUCACACAGGGGAGAAACCAUGUAAAUGUAUGGAGUGCGGAAAGAGCUUCAGUUGCAAUCUAACCCUUAGAAGACACCAACGGACUCACACGGGUGAAAAACCGUAUAAAUGUAUGGAGUGCGGAAAGAGUUUUAGUCAGAAUAGAGACCUUAAAUUACACCAGCGAACUCACACGGGAGAAAAACCAUAUAAAUGUAUGGAGUGUGGAAAGAGCUUCAUUUCGAGUGGACAGCUCAAUAUUCAUCUACAGACUCACACAGGUGAGAAACCUUUUAAAUGUAUGGAGUGCAGAAAGAGUUUUAGUCAGAAUAGAGACCUUAAAUUACACCAGCGGACUCACACAGGUGAAAAACCAUAUGAAUGUAUGGAGUGUGGAAAGCGCUUUAGUGAAAAUGGAAACUUUAGAAGACACCAACGGGUUCACACAGGGGAGAAACCAUUUAAAUGCAUGAAGUGUGGAAAGAACUUCACUUUCAAUGUAUCCCUUAGAAGCCAUCAAUGGACUCACACAGGUGAAAAAGCAUAUAAAUGUCUGCAGUGUGGAAAGAGCUUCAUUUCGAGUGGAGAGCUCAAUUUUCAUCUAAAGACUCACACAGGGGAGAAACCAUUUAAAUGCAUGGAGUGCGGAAAGAGCUUCAGUGUCAAUGCAACCCUCAGAAGGCAUGAACGGACUCACACGGAAGAGAAACCAUAUAAAUGUAUGGAGUGCGGAAAGAGUUUUAAUGAUAAUGGAAACCUUAGAAGACACCAACGGACUCACACAGGCGAAAAACCAUAUAAAUGUAUGGAUUGUGGAAAGAGCUUUAGUUGGAAUAGAGACCUUAAAUUACACCAGCGGAUUCACACGGGUGAAAAACCAUAUAUUGUAUAUUCCUGCGUAUAAGACUACUUUUUAACCCAGGAAAAUCUUCUCAAAAGUUGGGGGUCGUCUUAUACGCUGGGUCGACUUAUACGCCGGAAUAUAAGGUAAAUGUAUGGAGUGUGGAAAGAAUCAUAGAAUCAUAGAGUUGGAAGAGACCACAAGGGCCAUCCAGUCCAAUCCCCUGCCAAGCAGGAAACACCAUCAAAGCAUUCUUGACAUAUGCCUGUCAAGCCUCUGCUUAAAGACCUCCAAAGAAGGAGACUCCACCACAAUCCUUGGUAGCAAAUUCCACUGCCGAACAGCUCUUACUGUCAGGAAGUUCUUCCUAAUGUUUAGGUGGAAUCUUCUUUCUUGAAGUUUGAAUCCAUUGCUCCGUGAAGAACUUCAGUAGGAGUGGACAACUCAAUAUUCAUAUACAGACUCACACAGGUGAGAAACCAUAUAAAUUUAUGGAGUGCGGAAAGUGUUUUAGUCGGAAUAGAGACCUUAAAUUACACCAGCGGACUCACACAGGUGAAAAACCAUAUAAAUUUAUGGAGUGCGGAAAGAGCUUCAGUUUCAAUGCAACCCUUAGAAGGCAUGAACGGACUCACACGGAAGAGAAACCAUAUAAAUGUAUGGAGUGCGGAAAGAGUUUUAGUGAUAAUGGAAACCUUAGAAUACAUCAACGAACUAAUAGAAUCAUAGAGUUGGAAGAGACCACAAGGGCCAUCCAGUCCAACCCCCUGCCGAGCAGGAAACACCAUCAAAGCAUUCUUGACAUAUGCCUGUCAAGCCUCUGCUUAAAGACCUCCAAAGAAGGAGACUCCACCACACUCCUUGGUAGCAAAUUCCAUUGUCAGGAAGUUCUUCCUAAUGUUUAGGUGGAAUCUUUUUUCUUGUAGUUUGAAUCCAUUGCUCCGUGUCCGCUUCUUUGGAGCAGCAGAAAACCACCUUUCUCCCUCCUCUAUAUGACACCCUUUUAUAUAUUUGAACAUGGCUAUCAUAUCACCCCUUAACAUUCUCUUCUCCAGGCUAAACAUACCCAGCUCCCUAAGCCGUUCCUCAUAAGGCAUUGUUUCCAGGCCUUUGACCAUUUUGGUUGCCCUCUUCUGGACAUGUUCCAGCUUGUCAGUAUCCUUCUUGAACUGUGGUGUCCAGAACUGGACACAGUACUCCAGGUGAGAUCUGACCAGAGCGGAAUAGAGUGGUAUGAUUUAGAUGCUACACUUCUAUUGAUGCAGCCCAGAAUUGCAUUGGCUUUUUUAGCUGCUGCAUCACACUGUUGACUCAUGUCAAGUUUGUGGUCUACCAAGACUCCUAGAUCCUUUUCACAUGUACUGCUCUCAAGCCAGGUGUCACCAAUCCUGUAUUUGUGCCUUUCAUUAUUAUUUUUUGCCCAAGUGUAGUACUUUACAUUUCUCCCUGUUAAAAUUCAUCUUGUUUGCUUUGGCCCAGUUAUCUAAUCCGUUUUGAAGUGUGAUCCUGUCCUCUGGGGUAUUAGCCACCCCUCCCAAUUUGGUGUCAUCUGCAAACUUGCUCAGGAUGCCCUCAAGCCCAUCAUCCAAGUCAUUGAUAAAGAUGUUGAAUAAGACUGGGCCCAAGACAGAACCCUGUGGCACCCCACUAGUCACUACUCUCCAGGAUGAGGAGGAGCCACUGAUGAGCACCCUUUGGGUUCAGUCAGUCAGCCAGUUACAAAUCCACUGAAGGUAGCAUUGUCUAGCCCGCAUUUUACCAGCUUCUUUACAAGAAUAUCAUGGGGCACCUUGUCAAAGGCUUUGCUGAAAUCAAGAUAGGCUACAUCCGCAGCGUUCCCUUCAUCUACCAGGUUUGUAAUUCUGUCAAAAAAUGAGAUCAGAUUGGUCUGACAUGACUUAUUUUUCAGAAACUGACUUUGAGUGAUCACAGCAUUCCUUUCCAGGUGCUCACAGACCGUUUGCUUAAUGAUCUAGAAUCUUUCCUGGUAUUGAUGUCAGGCUGACUGGGCCGUAAUUGUUUGGGUCCUCUCCUUUCCCCCUUUUGAAAAUAGGGACUACAUUUGCCCUCCUCCAGUCUGCUGGAACUUUGCCUGUUCUCCAAGGAUUUUCAAAGAUUAUUGCCAGUGAUUCUGAAAUCACCUCUGCCAGUUCUUUUAAUACUCUUGGAUGUAGUUCACCUGGCCCUGGAGACUUGAAUACAUCUAAACUAACCAAGUAUUCUUGUACUACCUCCUUACUUAUUCUGGGCUGUGUUUCCUCUGCUGAAUCAUCUGCUCCAUAUUCUUCAGGUCGCGCAUUGUUUUCUUUUUUGGAGAAGACUGAGGCAAAGAAGGCAUUGAGGAGUUCUGCCCUUUCUCUGCCCCCUGUUUGCAUUUCACCCUCUUCUCCUCUAAGUGACCCCACUGUUUCCUUGUUCUUCCUUUUGCUACGGACAUACCCAUAAAAGCCCUUUUUGUUGCUUUUAACCUCUCUAGCAAGCCUGAGUUCAUUCUGUGCUUUAGCUUUUCUGACUUUGUCUCUACACGUGCUGGCUAUAUGUUUGAAUUCCUCUCUGGUGAUUUCCCCCUUUUUCCAUUUUUUUGUACAUAUCCCUUUUAAAUCUUAACUCAGUUAAAAAUUCUUUAGAUAGCCACCCUGGCUUCUUUAGGCACCUUCCAUGUUUCCGUCUCAUUUGUAUUGCCUGAAGUUUGCUUUUAAUAUCUCGCUUUUAACAAACUCCCAACCAUCAAAACUCACACAGGGGAGAAACCUUUUAAAUGCAUGGAGUGUGGAAAGAGCUUCAGUCAGAGUGGAUCCCUUAAUUUACGUCAACAAACUUACACAGGAGACAAACCAUAUAAAUGUCAGGAAAGUAGAUAGAGGUCCAGCCGUAGUGGAAGUUCUACAUCAACAGACUCAUGGACAGUAAGAACUUUAAGAGUUGAAACCCUACAAACCUAUCAACAAAUUCAAAGAGAAGCAGUUUAAAUGGAAAGAUUGCAGAAAGUGCUUUACGUAGUUACAAUGAAGAAGAGUUUGGAUUUGAUAUCCCGCUUUAUCACUACCCGAAGGAGUCUCAAAGCGGCUAACAAUCUCCUUUCCCUUCCUCCCCCACAACAAACACUCUGUGAGGUGAGUGGGGCUGAGAGACUUCAGAGAAGUGUGACUAGCCGAAGGUCACGCAGCAGCUGCAUGUGGAGGAGCGGAGACGCGAACCCGGUUUCCCAGAUUACAAGUCUACCACUCUCAACAACUACACCACACUGGCUCUCACCAGUGUUAAUGGAGUGUUUAAGGAACAUCUAGGGAGUCUAAAUUAAAAGAAAAAUAAAAAAUAAUAAGUUGCAUUACUGAAAUAAAUGCACUUUUCAACAAUAUUCUAAUUUUCCAAGUUUCACCUGUAUAAUGGAGUGUUUAAGGAACAUCUAGCGAGUCUCACAGGGGAGAACCCAUUUAGAUGUGUGGAGUGCAGAACGUCUUCCUGUCAGAGUCCACUCUUUUCUUUACCGCAAUGAACUAGGCAGGAAAUCAGUCAUAAAUGUAUGACGUGCAUUAUUUGAAGUUAUUGUCUUUACAUGUAAAACUGAACAGCAAUGAAAUAUUGAAGGCAAUGUCUCACAAUAGGGAGUAUAAUUUUAGAUGUAAGAUACCUUUUGAUAGAGAGGGGGAAUCUGGAUUGCUGGUGGUGAGUGAGGAUUAGGGCUGGCCCAUAUAUUAAUAUCUCGUCCAAUACCAGUUUCUAGACCACAUCGCGAUAACCUUUGAAAAACAAUUGAUAUGGCAAUAAACCGUGAAUCACAGUGUGUGUUUCUGGGAUGUGCCUGGAAGCAGCCGGCAGAAAACUUUGCUUCGUGAAGCCCCUGCAGAUGCUGAGUUGCUGACUUCCCUCCCAGACGACAGGAAGCGAAAAACACACCUCCAUUGCAGUUUGUCAUUCCAGCCUCUCUCCUCCCUUGCUCCCUUCUGCUGGUGUGUGUGCCUGACUUAGUUAUCCUGUGUGGUGUAUUUUUUUACUUCUGAAACUGGAUUUGCUCUCAGGAGCUAAGUUUUGUUCCUCACCGGGGACCCAAUGAGAACUGUAUGCUUUGAAACCUCAAUAAACUAUUACUGAAGAAGUCCUGCUGCCUGUGUGUGUGUUUUUGACCUCUGCAUGGGAAUUGCUCUACACUUGGCCCCUUCCCCGCUGAUGUUUAGUUUAUGCCCUGGAGUUUCUGUACUCAAGCAUGCAAGGUGUGUGUGUGUGUGUGUGUGUGUGUGUGUGUGUGUGUGUGUGUGUAAGCAUGUGUGCAAGCAAGAUGGGUGCAUUUGUGUGUGACCAGUUUUUGCACCAAACUCUGUCACCUCCACCACUGCAUGAUCUCCAAACACUACCGGUACUUAUUCACCAGAACUUCAUCUCUGCCCCCUGCGCGUUCUGAAGAAAACUUAAAAUGCUGCAAUUUAAUGGGAGAUCCCCCCCCCCACAAGCCUAAUUGCAAGAGGGGGAAGGAGUCUCCUGGUGGGUCUGUCUUCACUCAUGAACCCCAUGGGGCAGCCCCAGAGCUACUGCUUAUUCUGGGAUUUGGGGAAGAUAGUAUUUUUCCAUAGUCCCAGAUGUUAUUACUCUUCCUGCCAGAGGACCACAGUGCAUUGUUAUCCUACUUAUUUUCCUGUUGUUGCUGUCAUGGACUGGCAGGGUGAAAGGGGUGUGUGUGUUAGUACGCUUUCCAGCCCACAUCUUAAGCGUGUGCAUGGGCCUGGUGACUGGAGCACCUUCACCGACCUUCUGAUCACAGGAACAUAGACACAGCAUUCCUGGAGAACAGGUCCUGGUGCAGUGGACUCACAUCUGCUCAUUGUGAGCACCAAAGCUCAGCAGAGUAAAACAGAAGCAAAGCUGUGGAGGUUUUGAAGCAUACCUAAUUUACAAAUCACUACAGACAUGCAUGAGAGGAGCAGCUCUCAUACAACCAUCUUUUCUCUACACAGAUGAAAACGAAAACAUUUUUGUUCCAGAGACAGAAGAACUGAAGAGCAGCUUCUGCCCCCUCCUUUCUCAUAACAUGAAAGUAAAAAAAAAAAGAUCAGGCGAUUCUUGCAAUGGGAGGGGUGAAAAUGCCAACAACCUCCCCCUUUUCAUACCAACCAUUGCAGAAUCUUAUACAUUUGCAAUUUAUGUACAUAUGCACUCAGUUGUUCUCUGUUAACAACUUUAGUCAGUACAUCCGCAGGAAUUUCUUUCCCUGGCAUGUAGGACGCUUUUACAAUUCUUCUUGGGAUGCAUUCUCUUGCAUGAUGAAGCUUAAUUUGUAGGUACUUUGUCCUCUGUUUGCACCCUUCAGAGUGGCGUAAAGCUAUGCAAGCUUUAUUGUCCUGAUAGACUUGAACAGGACAGGUAACCUUCACUUUUACAUCUUCACACAGCUGUAAUAACAACUCUAUGUCCAUAAGGGAAAGAGUCAAAGUGUUAAGUUCCGCUUCGCAUGAACUUAUGCUUACCGUUGCCUGCUUUCUACAAGACCAAUCAAAUAGACAUUGAUUAUACAGAUAGCACACACCUGAAGUUCUUUUGCUAUCAGUUGCAUCACUCCCAAAACUGGCAUCGGCGUAAGUUUCAAGACCUCCAGAUUUUUGGCUUGUAAGCCUUAAUCUGUAAUGCAUAGUGCCCUUUAAAUAUCUCGCUAUGCGUUUCAGUGCCUUCCUGUCUUGAAUUGUGGGAUGAUUUGCAUAUCUGCUGAGCAGAUUCACACUAACAGCAAUGUCUGAUCUAGUACACCUUGCGAUAAA